UCCACAUUGCUGUUUCCAGUUCUAAUGAGGUUCCUCCCAGGCUACUGACCUUUACUCCACUGCUCUCAUCUUGGUGAAUGAUUGGGGAAACUAUCACCAUGUUUAAGCCUCAUGUAUAAGAUGUUUAGGGGAAAGAUGAAACAUUUUCUGAAAAAGCUGGAAGUCUCUUCUCGACAUGGCUUUGGAAAUCACUUAUGCUGAAGUGAGGUUCAAAACUGAAUCCAAGUCCUCAGGCACCAACUCAUUGUCUCCCAAUGCUCACAAAGAGAAGACCACUUCUCGCAAACGUAAUCCUGGUUUUCCCAAGCUGCUUUUCACAUCAUCAUUGAUGCUUUUGCUACUCUUGGCAAUUUCACUUCUUGUUGCUUUCAUCAUUUUCUUUCAAAAAUAUUCUCAGGUUCUUCAAGAAAAGAAGACUCUCUUAGAAAUCUCACAGAAACACCCAGAAUUGGAAUGUAUAAAAGCCAGUUCAACCACAGAAGGGAAGGCCUGGAGCUGUUGCCCAAAGGAUUGGAAAUCUUUUAGUUUCCAUUGCUACUUUUUUUCUACUGAUUCAAAAUCCUGGAAUAAAAGUGCAGAGAGUUGCCGUAGCAUGAAAGCUAACCUGCUGGUGAUCAACACCAAGGAGGAGCAGGAUUUCAUCAUCCAGCAUCUGAAAAUAAGACCUUUAUAUUAUGUAGGACUCUCAGAUCCAGAGGGUCAGAGACAUUGGCAAUGGAUUGACCAUACACCAUACAAUGAAAGUGCCACAUUCUGGCUUCAAGGUGAGCCCAGUGAUAAUACUGAGCGUUGUGUUGUGCUGGCCUCUCAUCAUAAUUAUAAACAUAAUCGUCAUCAAUGGGGCUGGAAUGAUAUAUUUUGUGAUAUAUCACAACUUUCAGUUUGUGAGAUGAUGAAGAUCUACUUAUGAAUCAAGCACUCUCUGGGAACCGGGUUGGAUUGACAUCCAUCGUUAUAGUGAGAGUGUCAUAGAAUUUUGGGGUAGGUAGUCAACUACUCCACUUAGGAGAAAAUUGGUCCACACAGUUAUCUGUUUAUUCAUUCAUUUUCUCAUCACAAAAUGAGUAGUGAGUAUUUUCCAUGUUCCAUAGACUACACUGGAGACCUCUUUUGUGCACACAUAGAAGGCUUUAUUUUUAAUGUCUACCUGAUUGAUAAGGGUUUAUUUACUGAUAAAAUUUUAUGAAGUGCUCCCUCCACUUGGCUGGGGUUUUUUUCUCUUUUUCUCAUUUGGUUGUUAUUGAUGUGUAAUUGACAAAUAAAAUAAUACAUAUUUAAGUCACAUUACAAUGUAAUGCUUUGAUACAUGUAUAUUCUGUGACGUGGUUACCAUUAAAACAUCCAUUACCUAACAUAGUUAGCAUUUUUGUGUGCUAAGAUGUAAGACCUCCACAGGCAAAUUAAAAUUAUGUAAUAUUGCGGCUAUAGUCAUUAUGCUGCACAUUAAUUUCUUAGAACUUAAUGAUCUUUAACUGAACAUUUAUAUUGAUUAAAUAUCUUCUUUUUCCAUAUACCCCUCAGUGCUUAUCAAUCAUUGUACUUUUUUUUUUUUUUUUUUCAGUACUGGGGAUUGAACUUGGGACCUUGCACUUGUGAGGCAGGAGCCGGAACCACUGAGCUAAAUCCCCGGCCCUGUACCUUCUGAUUUUAUUUUGUUGACUUUUCAAGGAUCUUCACACCAGUGGGAUAAUGCAGUAUUUAUAGCUCUCUGUUGACUUAUUUCACUCAGUCUAAUGUCUGCCCUGUUCGUGCUGUUGCAAAUGACAGUAGCCAUUUUAUGGUGGAACAAUAUUUAAGUAUGUAUAUGUGGUAUAUGUGUGUUUGAGUAUAAAGCACAUUUUCAUAUUUUAUCAAUUCACCUAUGAACAAACAGACUGUCUCUAUGUCUUCACCACUAUAAAAAAUACUGUAGUGAACAUGGGAGCACAGAUGGCUAUAAAUAGUGCUUUUAUUAUUUUUGGACACAUUCACAGAAAUGGGAUUUUUGGAGAAUAUAGUACUUCUAUUUUCUUUUUUUGAGAAUCCCCUAAAGUCUUACACAAUGGCUUUACUGGUUUAUUCUGCAACCAACAGUGCACAAAGCUUUCUUUUUAUUCCUGUCUUGUGAAUCCUUGACCACUCAUGUGAUUGCGAUACCAAUCAUCCCAGCAGAUGUGAAGUGAUAGUUUUCUGUUUGUUAUGGUUUAGAUCUAGCAUGGCCUCCAAGCGUUCAUAUAAUGGAAGCUUGGUUCUUGGUGUAGUGGGACCUUGUGGGAGCUUGUUAAGUCAUGCACAGCAUUGACAGUGCUACCCUUGGAGGUAUUAAGGUGGUCUUUCUGGGAUCCUGAGUGGAGUCUUCUUUAAUUAAUUUCUCUAUCAGUGUUGAAUAGCUUUCAGUGUGCAAAUCUGUUGUCUUUGAUUGAAUUUACUAACAAGCAUUUUCUUGUAUUUGAUUCUCUUGUAAAUCAGACUGGGGUGGGUUUUUUCCAGAGAGUUUGCUCUUAGUGUAUGGAGACACAAUUGAAUUGUUAAUAUUUAUUUUGUAUCUUCCAACUCUUCUAAACUUAUUAAUUGAUCUAACUUUGCGUGCAUAUAUGUGUCUUUCCAGCUUUCUUUGUACAAGAUGAUGUCAUUUUCAGACAGACAGUUCUACUUCCUCCUUUCUUCUUACUUGGAGGCCUUUUACUGUGUUUUUCUUAACUGUUUAGACCAUCAAAAUGUAUGUGGAAUAAACUUGUUACUGUUGUUCCUGAUCCUCUUGGUGAUAUUGCAAUUUUUCACAGUUAAAAAUGAUAUGAGCUUGUUAUAUUGUAGCCCUUUCUCUGCUGAGACCUAUUCCUUCAGCACUUAUUUUUCUGAGAGUAUUCAUCACUAUGUUAAAUUUUGUUAAAUGCCUUUUAAUCUACUGAACUUUUACCAUAUGAUCUUUAUCUUUCAUUGUGUUAGUAUAGUGUAUGCUAUUGAUUGAUUUGCUUAUCUGAAUCAUUCUUGUGUCCCACUGCACAUCUCACCCUGUUGUGUGAUCUUUUCAACAUGCUGUUGAAAUAAGUUUGCUAGUAUUUUGUUGAAGACUUUUGCAUUUACAUUUCAGGGAUAUUGCCUUGUAGUUUUCUUGUUUUCUAGCACUCAUAUUUGACUUUGUUAUUUGUGUAAUGUUGGCAUUUAAAAAGGAGUUUCAACUUUUAAUGACAACGGUUUCAUCUUUUAAUUUUUUUGAAGAGUUUGGGAUGGAAUGAUCUCAAUUUUUCUGAAAUAUUUGUUUUAUUUCACCAGUGAAUCCACCUCUUUUUAGGGAUUGCUUUUCUUCCAGUUUUAUGUUUACAGUUUCAAACUCCUAACUCAUUGUUGGUUUGUUUAGAUUUUAUUUCUCCAUGUUUCAGUGUUAUUAGGUAGGGUUCUUCUAAGGAUUUAUUCAUAUCAUCAUGGUUAUUUAUUUAUUCAUAUAUAAUUAUUCACAGUGAUAAUUGUUUUGACAAUUAGUUGUUUUGUCAACUUUAGUAAGAAACACCCAACUGAAUGGCUUAGCAUAGCUGUGGGUGGUAUUGAAUGGAUUUCCUGAAGAUGGAAGAUCCACUCGGGGUAUGAGUGGCACCAACUAAAGGGCACGUAGCCUGAGAGGAAUAAAUUGGGAAAACAGAAGGAAGCCUCACUUCUGUUUCUAGAGAGGACCUGCAGUCUUUGCACCUGCUUUGGACCUAUGUCUCCUGGUCUUCGUCACAGACUCUAUAGCAUUCCAGCCCAGACCCUUCUGCUUCCUGAUCUGGACUUGCAUAGGGCUCUGCUGUGAGCUCCAGACCUUCAGCUUUUGGAUCUCCAGCGUACAGAUGGUGCUUCUUCCACACGUGACUCUUCAGGCAGACAUUGUGGGCUGCCAUGUAAAUGUAUACAUAUACUUGUAUAUUGUAUUAAAUCUGUUUCUCUAAAAAACACUGACUGAUACAGUUUGGUACUGGGAGUGGCUCUAGAGAAAGAAUUAUAAAGAUGAGAUUCUGAAGGGCUUCAGUGGUUCUUGGAGCUGAUGCUCUACUUUGAUGAGGCCUAAAGUUGCCAUGGUCUCUUCUUCUAAUACUGCGCAGAGUAGCAAUAGUCUAUGAUGUGAUUUGUUUAAAAUAAUGUGCAAUGUAGAUCCAUUUGAUUAUCCCAAUUCACCACUGGUGAGAUGCAAGGAAUUUAGUGACUCCUUAUAUGAUACUUUUGAAUAUUUUUGGCAGAGUGGGAAAUAUAAUGGUGUUGGCUGGUUCCUUGUAGCAUCUCUGAAAAAACCAGUAAGUGAAAAUAAUGAGCUCAAAUCAGGCAUAAAAAAAUCUACAGUCUUCUGAGUGUGAAGGUAAAUAAAUACAUGAAAAUAAGGAGCUCAAAGAUUCAAAUUCUCAAUUCCAGACAUUCAUAAAUAAUUUAAAAAUUUCUAAGUGCAUCCUGAAGGAGAAUUUUCUAUCUUUUAACAGCAGGGGUGAGAUUGCAGAAACCCAAACAUGAUUUGAUUGGCUGUAAUACAGCAUACAUUUAAUGCUCAGCCUGAAGGAUAUCUGAAGGAAAGGUGAGGACUAAUCAGAAAAGGAUGGGAUCCUGUACAUCAGAAUGGAGAUGUUGGGGAGGAUACUGACAAAGUUAGGGACAUCAAGCUCCUAGAAUCUAAUGAAAUUAUUUUGCCAAAGGAAGAGAUUUCUCACCCACAGUGACAGAAGCAUCGCUACCCUCCCCCAGUGUUGUCCAUCCCUCCUAUACCUGAGGAAACCGAUCCUGUGUUGUGUGAUACUGUUAAGAAGCAAGACAAUGCACCCACUUCCGUCUCUAGUCCUAGAGCCAGACUUAAAUCCCAGAGGGCUCCUAAAGUGAGGUAUACCGCGUGACCCAGGAGGAGGUCUGCUCUUCUCCUAAAGAACUUCUUGAGUGUUCUAACUCUUAAAAGCAGAGGCUUGUUGAGCAAGUAGAGGAAUGGGAUAAUGGUGGCAAAAACAUUCAGGCCGAGUUUGUUGAUAUGGACCCAUUAAGUAGAGAUUCUGAAUUUAAUUUGAAUUUAAUUUGCAGCUCAGGGAGUUAAAAAGAUUUUAAUAGUUUAUUUGAUUGGUUGGCAGAAGUAUGAAUCAAAAGAUGACCCUCUGUUGUUGUGUCUGGGAGUGGGGACCAGGAAUUCCCUGUCAUGACCUUCCACCUCUCUUUGAGCCCUUGCCCUCACUCUAGUGAGGAAAGGAGAAGUGGACGGAGCUCUUAGCAGAAAAUGGGGAUUAAGACUGGUAAAGUGGAAGUGAAAGUUUGUUUAAAGUGAGGCACAUGCAGAAAAAGCCCAAGGAGAGCAAAAGGGCGCUGGAAGAUGAGGGCAUCCUAGUUGGGGAGCCUGCUGAGUAUGAGAUAGGUCCAUCCUAGAGGGGCAAACUAUUUUGUUGAUUAGUGUGUGCCAGCCAAUUAGGGUCUCAGCCUUUGUUUCUUGGAAGAGGACAAGAUCAGCACACACAUUAGAAAGAGUAACACUUUCCUAAGAGAUCAGCACACACUUUAUAAAAGAGUAACACUUGCAUAAAGGAUACAGUAGGGUACCUUUUUUUAAGCAUGUGGUACCGUGUAAGCAUAUGAUGAUCUUACAAUCAUCAGCCAUAGAAAAGCGUUACAGUUGUCAGCUGCAGAUAAGCAUAUGAUGAUUUUACAGUGUUAGUUAUCCGUGUUUCACCUUGGGUUUUUCUAUGACCUUCUAAUCUACCCCUACACUGUGAAUGAGUUAGAGAUGCCUGAUAUUCUUUGGUUUAUUGUUGAUGAGAAUAUUCAAAGGCUCAGGGAAAUACAAAUGCUGGAGUGGAUUUAUUAUGUUAAACCUAAUCUGCCACAAUGGGAUGAUCCAGAAAAUUUACUCUUUACCAUACCUUGAGAAACAAAUUUAAAUAAUACGUUAGUACCCAUUUUGAUUUUAUAAAGAGGAAUUAAUGAACUGAAUGCAUAAUUGAAUUAUAUUUCUAAAUCAGUCAAUAUUAAAAAGAUGUUGAUAUUAUGUAUUUGAUACAUUUUAUAGGAUUAUAAAAGGAAGACUAUUCUAUAGAUUGUCUUAAGAACUUAAUGUAUAAAGGUGUAAUAGUAUAAAAGUGAAUAAAAAUGAUGUGAGCAUUAAUGUGAAUAAAUCUUAGUAACAUGUAAAGAAAAAUAAUGCUUAAAAGACACAUAUAUUACCUUUAAAAACUAGCAACUCAAUAAAUCUAAACAUAUUAUUCAAGUACACAUAUCAUGUGCUAAAAUUUUACUUAUAUGUAAUUAAAUCUGUCAAGUACAUGUAUAAUAAAAUUAAAGUGGAUCACUACAUGGCUACCU